AACACCGACUCGCCUCUCACCACACACACACAAUGGCCACCGAACCAGACAGCAAGCGCAGCAAGACCGGCGACAGCCCUGCCUAUGAGCUCGUCUACUGGCCAGGCCUCCCCGGUCGCGGCGAGUUCAUCCGCCUGCUCUUCGAGGAGGCCCAGGUGGCCUACACGGACACCGCACAGGACCGGUCCCCCGACAAGGCCGUCGAGCUGGUCAUGCACCACAUGACCGGCGACGCCGACGCCGCGGGCAAGACGAACCCUCCCGUCUUUGCCCCGCCCGCCCUGGUCCACGGCGACAACGUCAUCAGCCAGACACCCAACAUUAUGCAGUACCUCGCGCCCCGGCUGGGUCUGCUGCCCAAGGACGACGAGGAUGCCGGCUGGAAGCUGAACCAGAUUGUCCUGACGCUCCUGGACGGAUUCGUCGCCGAGCUGCAUGACACGCACCACCCGAUUGCCGUCGGGUGGACGUACGAGGAGCAGAAGCCCGAGGCGAAGAAGAGGGCGGCCAACUUUGUCGACGAGCGGCUGCCCAAGUUCCUCGGCUGGGCGCAGCGGGUGCUCGACUCGUCGUCGUCUGGGGAGGGACCCUGGCUGCAGUGUGGGCAGUUUACGUAUGCCGAUCUGGUGCUGUUCCAGUGUGUGCACGGCACGUCGUUUGCCUUUCCGAAGCGUAUGAAGGAGCUGAGGACGUCUGGGAAGUAUGACAAGGUGUUUGCGCUCUACGAGGCCGUGGGACAGAGACCUAAUAUUAAGGCGUACAUGGAGAGCGACAGGCGCCAGGAGUACGGCAAUGGCAUCUGGAGGUACUACGCAGAGUUUGAGGAAUAGCCCAAGGGCGGACUCUCUACUAUCCAGCUGUGGUAGCAUCACGAGGCGGAUGCACGAUCAUGAUCCUGCUGCAUCACCCAGACUUAGUAUCUGAUAGAAUAGAGAUGCACGAGUCAAUUGACAAUUGGACGGGGGCUCUUGGCAAUUAUCAUGCUCAUCCAACUACUCAUUAUAGCCCCCAAGGGCCCAAAGCCAUGCUUCCUCUUUGGGAAUCGGCGGCCGCUGUGAGUGGCUCAUUACUUGGAGUCGCCCACGUAGCUCAGCGCCGCUCGCCACGCCUUCAGGCACGGCUAGAAAGUACAUGUCGGGAGUGAAUGAAUCAGGCUAGAUCAAGGAAGCAUUUUCACCAAGAUUGAUACGAUGAUACGGAGGUAACAUGUCAAAUGCUCUGUGGCCUCAAAUCCUGCCAAGUAAAGACAGGCUACCCUAGAGUACUUGCGACGUCGAUACCGAG